UUAGUUAUAAUAUUUUCUCUCCUCUGUAGGCAAAGCUCGGUCGCCCCUGUCGGAAGGUUCGAAACCCUAAAAUUCGAGGAAUUUCUCUCGUCAAAAUUUUCUUAUAAAUUGGAAAAUCGAGAUUUCCUCGCCAUCCCUCCGAUCAGAAGCCCGUUCAUCCGUUUCUUGUGCUCUGCUUCCAGUCCAAUUUCGUUCAAAUCUGCCAGAUCUAACCCUAAUUCCCCCAAUUUGAUACGUCUCUGAUUUGCGCACGAAACUCCCGAUUUAAUUCGAAUUCAUUUGUAUUCGGGUAUUCGUAUCUGUAGGAUUUCAUUCAAUCAAGCUUCUGUGUAUCGUAUAUGGUGGGAAUGGGCAGGGUGUGCUUCGAGACAACGAAACCCUCGUCAUCGUCGGCUCCUCCGGCGUCGCCACAGGUGACAAGUUCUACAUCGAUAGUCGAGACCGUGAAUGGUUCUCACGAUUUUAAGAUCACGGGCUAUUCUUUGUCGAAGGGAAUUGGGAUUGGGAAGUACAUAGCAUCCGACACGUUUAUGGUGGGUGGAUAUUCUUGGGCGAUUUAUUUCUACCCUGAUGGGAAGAGCGUGGAGGACAAUGCUGCAUAUGUUUCGCUUUUCAUUGCGUUAGCUAGUGACGGCACGGAUGUGAGGGCGUUGUUUGAGCUUACCCUUUUGGAUCAAAGUGGAAGGGAGAGACACAAGGUUCAUAGCCAUUUUGGGAGGGCAUUGGAGAGUGGACCUUAUACUCUAAAAUACCGAGGGAGCAUGUGGGGAUACAAAAGAUUCUUCAAAAGAACUGCUUUGGAAUCAUCUGACUACCUGAAAGACGAUUGCCUUCAUGUGCACUGCUGUGUUGGUGUUGUUAGGUCGCAGACUGAAGGGCCUAAGAUCUACUCAAUACCAUUUCCACCAUCUGACAUUGGUCAGCACUUUGGGCAGCUUCUGGAAAGUGGAAAGGGGAUUGACGUAAACUUUGAAGUUGAUGGAGAAACCUUUUCUGCUCACAAGUUGAUUCUUGCUGCUCGAUCUCCAGUAUUUAGAGCUCAAUUGUAUGGUCCAAUGAAAGAUCAAAAUACAGAGUGUAUGAAGGUUGAAGACAUGGAAGCACCAGUUUUUAAGGCUCUACUUCAUUUUAUAUAUUGGGAUACAUUACCUGACUUGGAAGAGCUUACUGGACUGAACUCACAAAGAGCAUCAACGUUGAUGUCUCAGCAUCUGCUUGCUGCUGCUGAUAGGUAUGGUCUGGAUAGGCUUAGACUGCUAUGCGAAGCAAAUCUUUGUGAGGAUGUUGCUAUAAAUACUGUUGCAACAACGCUAGCAUUGGCAGAACAGCACCACUGUUUCCAGCUAAAAUCUGUCUGUCUGAAAUUUGUUGCGCAACCUGAAAAUCUUCGAGCUGUCAUGCAGACGGAUGGCUUUGACUACCUCAAGGAAAGUUGCCCCCAUGUUCUGACUGAAUUACUGGAGUACGUUGCUAGGAUCAACGAACACUCCAUUGCUGUUGGCAAGCAAGGGAUGGAGGGUAUUCCAGAUGGAAGCGACAUCAAUGGCAGACGUGUGAAACAAAGACUAUGAAUGAAGGCCACAAAUAGCUUUCUACAGCCGAGAAAAAAGAGUAGCUUUAGGUCCUUGUUCCGGGCAAAACUAAAGAUCAUUGUUGGGGCUGCCCAUAGCUGGGCACAGUUGUAAAUGAUGGGUCUUUUUACUUAUUCUUGCCAUGUGCUGCUGCAUGUAGUUGACAGACACUGUAAAAUUCGUAAUGUGUUGAGGUUCUGAGUAUCGAUCUGUCGUGUGGAACCAAUGUUAUCUGUAAUUGAACCUAAAGCACAGUCUGGGGGCAAACUCUUGAGAUGAUAAUGGCUUAGAUUGCAUUGCAUGCGGUGAUGAGUUGAACAGGAGAAGUUUGUUUAAGCAUUUUAGAUUGAAAAGAUAUUUGUGGAAUA